CUUCAGACACGCAAUCAUAGUGCGCACAUGCAGGUUUUUUCUUUUACUUUACUAAAGGUUAGAGGAAGAGAUCGAGCAACAGCUCACAGUGUCCAGGACAUCCAGGCGCUCCAUUACCUAGAAGAGACCUCUUGGUGGCUGUUGAUUUUAGGUUCUUUACUUUUUCCACAAUAAUAGUAAUUCGGCCCAUUUCACAUUUGCAACUUCAAUUGACAGAUAAAAACUAUUUGUAAGACUUUGUGAGAUGCGACUGUCCAGAUCUUUGUCAAUAUCGUCAUUAAGUGGACUUCCACUAUGGGAAGAGGAAAGUCUACCUGUGCAAGAUCUCUUGCUUUUUGAGGUCUCGUGGGAAGUCACCAAUAAGGUUGGGGGUAUAUACACUGUUAUUCAGACUAAAGCAAAGAUCACAGUGGACGAAUGGGGAGAGAACUACAUCAUGAUGGGACCCUACUACGAACACAACUUCAAGACCCAGGUGGAGAAAUGUGAACCCCCAAACCAAGCCAUCAAAGCUGCCAUGGAUUCCUUGAAUAACAACGGUUCCCAGAGACUUCCUUCAGCUGCUGAUGAGGGGAAGCUCUGA